CUGGAAAAAAAUCACGCGAAAAUUCUCCCUGUCUCUGUCGCGCUCUCUCUCGCGAGGGCAGGAGGAAGCGUGGGAAGGCGAGGAGGCGGGCGACGCGACUCCACUCUCCCUCAGGCACCCAGCUUCCGUCGCUUCUCGCACCGCCAGCUCCGCAGUUAGAACAUUAAGGGUCACCUUGGUUGCCUGAGGCCGACCCAGCACCUGCAAUGGAGGAGAAGGCCGUCGCAAAUGGCACAGCAGCUGAUGAUGUUGCUGCUCCGGAUAACAAGGAUUACGCCAAUAAGGAAGAAGCUGUCAAGAGCAUGGAGCCUGCAGUAGUGAAUAAGGAUGUUGAAGAACAGAACAAAGGCUCAGAAAAUGGCACCGAGGACCCGUCAGAUGGAGAUGUCAAGAUGGCAGAGGCUGAGAUUGCAAAGGAAGGUGACGCAGCUGCAGCAAAGGAGGUGGAUUCUGAGGAUGUCAAAAUGGAUGCAGAUGCAAAGAAAGGUGAUGGUGAUGCAUCUGUGGCAAAGCAGGUGGAUUCUGAGGAUGUCAAAAUGGAUGCAGAUGCAAAGGAAGAUACCGAUGCCAAGAAAGAAGGCGAAGAUGUCAAGAUGACUGAGGCCGAGGAAGGAAAUGUGGAGGUCAAAGAUAAAGAAGCGAAGGAAGAUAAAGUUGAGACCACAAACGUGGAUAAGCUGGAUGAAUCAAAGGAGCAAGAGAAAGAUGGUUUGGCAGAGCAAGAGGAAAACAAAGGAAAAGAAACGGAAGAGCAUAAGCAGCCGGAAGGAACCAAACAGUUAGAUGCAAAAGAAGAGAAAGAUGGUGCUGAUGAGAAGCAACAGGAAGAGGAAGCAGAAGAAAAGGGCUCUGCUAAUAAGAAAGAUGAAGCUGACAACUUGGAAGAGAACAAGGAGGAGACUCCAAAGAACAAGAAAGUAAGGAGUGCCAGGGAUAGAAGCCAGGGAAAGGAGAAGAAACAGGAGGGGUCCAAAUCCAGGGAAGCUAAAAGUUUGCUGGAGACCCCGAGCCCAUAUGGUACUGAUCGCCCUCAACGUGAGAGGAAAACAGUGGAGAGGUUGGUUGAGGUGAUUGAGAAGGAACCAAACAGGAACUUCGUGGUUGAGAAGGGACGUGGGACUCCUCUGAAGGAUAUACCAAAUGUGGCACACAGAAUAUCGAGGAAGAAACCUGGUGAUCUUAAAUUUCUUCACAAUCUUCUUUUUGGGAGGAAGGGCAAGAUCGUCGACUUUAAAGGACAUAUACUCCAGUUCUCUGGAUUUGUUUGGCAUGAGAGCGAUGAAAAGCAGAGGGCCAAGGCAAAGGAUAAGCUUGACAAAUGUGUAAAAGACACGCUGUUGGACCUCUGUUGGAUGCUUGCUAUUCCAGUUCCAAAAUCAAACCUUAGAAAGGAAGAUAUUGUGUCAAAGCUGUUGGACUUCAUUGCUGAACCUCACUCUGCAGCUGAUUCUGGGCUGUCUGAUGACCAGGGAUCAAAUUCUAGGAAACGCAAGAGAGGAGGUGAAAGCGCAAGUAAGACUCCUGACAGCACACCUAGUAGGUCGAGGAAGAAAUUUGGCAAUGACUCCACUUCAGGUAAAAGGCGGAAGAAAGCUCUUAAGUAUGAUACUGAUGAAGAUGAGGAUGGUGAUGAAUCCAUGAAGUCUGACAGUGAGGAAAACAGAGAUGAAGAUGCAGAAGAACAAGAAGAUGACUAUGACUCUGGGAAAGAGAAGGCAAGGAAAAAGUUCCCAAAAGUAAAAGAAUCUUCAGGCAAAAAGAAGACAGACAUAGGGAGUGGCCAUAAAACAGGUCAUCCAAAGACAAUUAGCAAAAGUCCAGUAAAAAAAGCAUCAUCCAAGAUUUCUGAGGAAAAAGAAAGCCCCGAUAACAGUGCAAAGGUCUUUUCUAGGAAGAGGAAACAUACAGCAAAGGGUGAAAACGAUAUCAAAGAAAAAAAGUCAGCAGGUAAAAAGGUGACAAAAGGUAAAGGUGAAUCAGCCGGAGCGGAUCUUCCCAGCAAGGACGAACUGAGGAAGACCAUUACUGCAAUCCUCAAAAAAGUUGACUUCAACACGGCAACUUUCAGUGACAUUCUUAAGAAGCUCGACAACCACUACAAAAUGGAUCUGACUCCAAAGAAAGAAGCCAUUAAAGUUAUGAUCCAAGAUGAGUUAACCAAGAUGUCAGAGGAGGCAGAUGAGGAUGAAGACACAAAUGAAGAUACCGGGAAGAAACAGCAGCAGCCUCAAGCGAAGGAGGUCGAGGCUUGAGGAUUCCUGGAACCCCGUAGCUGUAGUACCCGCUGUUAAUUAUCCUGUACUUAACAUGUAUGCCUUGCCUUGUACAGGCAUCCUAUGUUAAUUAUCGCCGCCAACUUGAGAACCCAGCCUUUGAUUGUGUAUGUUAAGACAUGAUGUGUAGGCAGCCCUGAGCCCCCACACCUUUUAGCUGACUGAUUGGAGAGGUACUCCUAGGUAACUUGUCUCUAGAUUUGCAAAUGGUGUCUGAAACUCUGCAUUUGCUGUGGCAGCGCAUGUACUGAAAUAGUUUGUGAUAGGUUUGAAUAACACAUGGACGGGCGUGUUAGGUUGUAAUUGUCAUUGUUUCUGUGAGUUUUUAUUUAGCAUGUUGCUACAUGGACAGCGGAUCAAGGUA